AUGUGCAUCCACACGAAAUGGAGUUUAUGUCUCAGAGUAUACCACAAAUUCCACAUUGAACGAAUUGGCUUUGGGAGGAAGAGACUAAACUUGGUCGUGUUGGACACAGAGUUUAUGCCUGCUAGGUCAUUUAUGGAGAGUGAUGUACAUGCAGAUAAUACAAGGGUGCAUUUCUCUUACUGUCAAGAAGAAGAUUUAGGUGGAAUUCUGUUCACCGAACAAAUCUUCCUUUUGGCGAUUGGAGACAAGGAGUUGAGUGGAAGGUUUUGGUUCGGCAGAUUGUUCUUCACUAUAUUAUGUCAGAUUUCGUCAUCAAAAUAG